AUGGCUGAUGCCACUGCAAGAUCACUACAAUAUGAUUACCGAGCGAAUUCUAACCUCGUUCUCCAAGCUGAUAUCUCAUUGCUGGAAAAGCGCGGGAGGGAUGAAUCAACUGGUGAAGUUACUUCGCUCUCUGGCCACCUCGUCGGAACAAAAAUGGGUGAUAAAGCCCAAAGAGCGAAACCUCCAACAGCAGAAGAAGCAAAACCAAAGCGGCGUAAGAUCACGUCCGAGAAGCGACAAGAUAUCCUUAAAUCAAAGCAAGCUAGUUUAUUAUCCUCUGAUCUAUUCGACAUGCCAAAUAUCUAUAAACCCAAGACGAGAGCAACAAAGAGCACUUACGAACUGAUGCUAAAUAUUGUUCAAGGAUCACUUGGAGAUCAACCUCGAGAAAUUUUAGUUGCUGCCGCUGACGAAGUGCUAGCAGCAUAA